CCAACCGAGAAGGGCGGGGCGCACGCGUCGGGAAGAUGGCGCUGCGUCUGCUGCGGAGGGCGGUGCGCGGAACGGCGGCGGCGGCGUCGCUGCUGAGGCUGGAAACAUCUCUAGCAGCUGAUGUCUGCCGCCUGGGACACAGUGCUGCGUGGAGUCACAAGUAUGUUCCCCGGAGGGCCGUGCUCUACGUACCUGGGAAUGAUGAAAAGAAAAUAAAGAAGAUCCCAUCCCUGAAGGUGGACUGUGCAGUGCUCGACUGUGAGGAUGGUGUGGCCACAAACCAAAAGAAUGAAGCUCGACUAAGAAUUGUAAAAACUCUUGAAGACUUUGAUCUGGGCCCAACUGAAAAGUGUGUGAGAGUCAACUCAGUGUCCAGUGGUCUGGCCGAAAAAGACCUAGAGACCCUUCUGCAAUCCCGGGUCCUUCCUUCCAGCCUGAUGCUACCAAAGGUGGAAAGUCCCGAAGAAAUCCAAUGGUUUUCAGACAAAUUUUCAUUCCACUUAAAAGGACGAAAACUUGAACAACCAAUGAACUUAAUCCCUUUUGUGGAAACUGCAAUGGGUUUGCUUAAUUUUAAGGCUGUGUGUGAAGAAACACUAAAGACUGGGCCUCAAGUGGGUCUUUUUCUAGAUGCAGUCGUUUUUGGAGGAGAAGACUUCCGAGCGAGCAUAGGUGCAACAAGUAGCAAAGACACUCAGGAUAUCCUCUACGCCCGACAAAAGAUUGUCGUCACAGCGAAGGCCUUUGGCCUACAAGCCAUAGACCUGGUAUACAUUGACUUUGGCGAUGCAGAGGGGCUUCUUAGACAGUCUCGAGAAGGAGCGGCCAUGGGCUUCACUGGUAAGCAGGUGAUCCACCCUAACCAAAUUGCCAUGGUCCAGGAGCAGUUUUCUCCUUCCCCUGAAAAAAUUAAGUGGGCUGAAGAACUGAUUGCUGCCUUUAAAGAACAUCAGCAAUUAGGAAAGGGAGCCUUUACUUUCCAAGGGAGUAUGAUCGACAUGCCGUUACUGAAGCAAGCCCAGAACAUUGUUAUGCUUGCCACAUCCAUCAAGGAAAAAUGAUCUGGUAAAUGAAGCUCUCAUCAGGCGGGCUGAACAUAUACAGUGUGUUUCUUAAAGACUAAACCAUAAUACUCAAGGAAACUUGUUAGUAUGCUGGAUUGGGACCUUACUUAUUUACAGUUCAUGUUAAUCAUGAUUUUUUUUUUGUUGUCAUUGUCUUACUGGGCAGUUAUUCCUCUAAAAAUGAACUUUUUUCCUUUUGG